CCGCAAGUCGGAGCGGAGCUUGAAAUGACAAUCGCGAUGAGAUUUUUUUCGUAGAUGGUGUGUUGUGUGAUCAAACAAAUCGCUCCCGUCAAACGCCCUUCUCUUUCUAUUUUCCAUCUUCUUUCGUCUCCUCUAUUUUCCUACCCGUGUAGACCAACUUAGACUACCCACCCUAUCUGUCUCUGCCCUUGACGAUGUCUGACGAUGAGCAGCACAACCAGACUUUUGAGGCGGCAAGCGCUGGCGCCUCGGCCACUUACCCCAUGCAAUGCUCCGCGCUGCGUAAAAACGGCCACGUCGUCAUAAAGGGCCGCCCGUGCAAAAUCGUCGAGAUGUCCACCUCCAAGACAGGAAAACACGGACACGCCAAGGUUCACCUUGUCGGCAUCGAUAUCUUCACUGGCAAAAAAUUGGAAGAUAUCUGUCCCUCCACCCAUAAUAUGGACGUCCCUAACGUAGUGCGCAAGGAGUACCAAGUUAUGAACAUUGAUGGUUCAUUUUUGAGCCUUAUGGACCAAGACAACAAUUCCAAGGACGACGUCAAUGUCCCCGAUAGUAAUAUGGGAAAGGACAUCCAAGCUGCUUUCGAAGAGGGCAAAGAGUUGCUUGUUACGGUCGUUUCUGCUAUGGGUGAGGAACAGGUGAUCUCCUACAAGGAAGCACCUAAAGGGUCUUCUUGAAGAAGCGUCCGUCAUGUUGUCACAUUACAUUCGAGUCAUUUAUUUGAGUCGUGCAUGUCCCAUCAUCAACCUUGUUAUUUGAAUUGUUGUGUGUUGUUGUAUAGGACAUGAAGUGGGGUAGCAGGGCUUUGAAUGUGUAUGCGUACAUGAUAAUGACAGCGGAAAAAGGUUACUGGUCUGGAAAAUACGUCGAUUAACGUCGAACCGAAUAACCGGCAAGAUGCCAUACCACGGACCGUGG